UGCACCGGUGGCAGUACUUACUGCUGUCUGCGUUGCGGCAGACUCGUUCUUUCCGUGAUCACUUCCACUCGACUAUUCCGUAUAACUUGAGGGUUUUAUGGACUAUCUUCGCAGCUUCGGCUCUGCUGCAGUUUCGACUCUUGUCCAGAAAUCGGGGCUAAAUCUACCGUUCUCGCUAGGUGCCAAAGUUUACUCCUGCGAGACUUUCUGGACCUUGUACGACGCUACCAAACGGGAAGAUGGUAGUCUGGUCUCGGUUUUCGAGUAUGAUCUAACCCACCCUCUGAACAAGUCCACCAUACCCCUCGCCCGCAACUCCCUCCGCAAGCUACGCACCAUACGACAUCCAGACGUACUUAGAUACAUCGAUGUCGUAGAAUCCGACUCAGCCAUUUGCAUCAUGACCGAAAGGGUUCGCCCUCUACACCUCGCGCUAUCCCAAUCAUCCUCUAAUGUUCCACGUGAGCGAGAGGACUGGCUGAUUUGGGGGCUACACCGAAUUUCAGUUGCUCUUGCUUUUCUCAACGAUUCCGCUUCCUCGACCCACGGAAACGCUCGUCCAAAUGCUAUAUUUAUCACUCCUUCAGGAGAGUGGAAGUUGGGAGGCUUCGAGGUGUUGAGCAAUCCAAAAGACGAUCUUUCUGUCAUAUAUACCAUGGGCGGCCUCAUGCCAGACGCAAUGGCAUGCGCGCCCCCGGAAGUCAAGAAAGAGGGUUGGUCUGCCCUCAAAGACGUACCAGUAUCAGCUGCGGACGGAUACGCUCUCGGUCUACUUUUACACGCUGUCUUCAAUCCCACUCACCCACCACUACCAACUGCUCAGCCUCCUCAUCCACCACCUCAAGUUUCUUCCAGGGGUGCCAUACCCCUGUCCGUCUUUCCCUCCUUCAAAAAACUCCUUAACCCGAAUGCAAAAUCACGGAUGUCGCCCAAAAACCUACUAGACAUUGGUAUGGCAGAGUCGGGCGGAGAAGGACAUGGAUUUUUCGUACAUAACCGGCUUGUCAAGGUCUGCGCUGGACUGGACGGAUUCACCCUCAGUAGUGAAUCUGAUAAGGCAUCUUUACUACGCACGCUAAAGGAAUCCGCAUCUUCAUUUCCCCCCGAAUUCGUCUCUUAUCGUAUUCUCCCAUGCCUUGCCUCUGCGCUUGAGUUCGGUGGUGCCUCUGCAGCAACCAUCGUCCCUCUCGUCCUCCAAUUCGGAAAGAACGUUGCACCCGAUGACUAUGGCUCAGUAGUCGUGGCACCCCUCGUCAAACUUUUUGCGAGUGCUGACCGUGGCACACGCAUUGCGCUUCUCGAUAGUCUCCCCGAGUUUGUCGAGAAACUGGAUAAGAAAACAGUUGUUGAUAAAAUUUGGCCAAACCUGCAAACUGGCUUUACUGACACUGUUGCUGUCAUUCGAGAAGCUACUGUCCGCGCUAUCGUUCUACUUUCCCCCAAGUUAUCCGACCGUAUACUCAACAACGACCUCCUCCGCCAUCUCGCCCGCCUCCAAUCGGACCCAGAAGCUUCCAUCCGGACCAAUACAUGUAUUCUUAUCGGCCGGCUGGGUCCUUCGCUAGGAUAUAAUACCAAACGAAAAGUUCUCGUUCCUGCAUUUAGCAUGUCGCUGAGGGAUUCGUUCGUCCAUGCUCGCGUGGCAGGCGUUAUGGCAUUUAUGGCAACCGCGGAGUGCUUCGAGAUUGAGGACGUGGCCAGUAAAGUUGUUCCAGCUAUCCUAGGCGCUACGCUGGAUAAAGAAAAACUGGUUCGUGAUCAGGCAUUCAAAGCUGUCGAGCUUUUUGUCAAGCGUUUAGAAGCCCACGCUUCGACUAUGCCAGAGACAGCAUCCACAGAAGAUGGCGGGGACGAUCUACCCGCGAGGCUUCCAGGUGCAUACACACAGGCUGGACUUGUAAACUCAGCGACGGGCGCUGCAGCCGCUCUCACAGGGUGGGCUGUAUCGUCCCUUGGCAAAAAGCUUGCCCCUGCUGACAUGCAAACCACGAUCUCAAGUACCAUCGAAGGAUCAACACUAACACCAACCAUCAAUGGUAGCGCCAAUCAUUUGCCUGUGACACCUGUUUCUCCCUCCGCAAAUCCAGUAAGAAGCAAAGGUCUACAACUGGGCGGGAAUAAAGCCCCAACUUCUACGCUCGCUGACGAGGUUGCCAACGAGGCAGGGCAGGGUCGUUCAUGGAAUGACGAUUUGAUCGACAUUAAUGCCGAUGAAGGAGAUUGGAGCGCAUUCGAGAGUGCUCCACCUGCUGUAGAAUCAAAACUAGCAAGUACGACCGAUGGUCUAGGAUUCGGUAUAUCGCUGCGGCCCAGUUCUCCAAUUCCAGACGAAUGGGGUGCAAUGGCAUCAUCGUCUCGACCUACAAGUCGCUCGUCUACAUCACGUCCCUCCCAGAUCUCACGCACGCUCUCACCACAACCCCGCAGGUCCAUCGUGCCUUCCCCUCUCGCACCAGCGUUCUCACCCGCUUCAAGCACUCGAUCAACACCCAUAUCAUCCCCUCGACCUCUCCCAAAUACUGCUGACAACACACCGCCGACUAGUAUGGCUGGGAUGUCGAAGGAGGAGAAGGCGGCUGAGAUGGCCAGGAGGAAGGAGGAGAGACGGUUGCGGAUUGAGAAGCUGAAGGAACAGAAAAAGAACGCUGCUGCUGCCGGAAAGGUUUGAGUAUGAUAACGUUGUGAACACUCGUGCUUAUGCGAUGAUGCACGGAGUGACUGGGAGACUUUAUUUGACCACGACAUGAUCAUCAUUUUAUAGUGUGAACCACCUGCAUCUGGGAUACGGCAUAUGUCCGGCGAGU